AUGUGCCCUGCCAAUGGCAGUUGGGUUUGCUUCAAGCUCCAACGACGGGUAUUUCACAGCCAUUUUACCGUAGCACGGUUCGCCUAUGGUCUGACACCGGAAGUUGCAUCAGAAUCCUUUCGGCAGCGGCAGAUUUUUUAUAUAGCGUAUGUCAAAUUCAAAACGGCGUCAAUUGUACCGUUGCCGUGGGAGAAAAUGGCACCGUUUUGCAAUGGCAAGGUAUGGAAAUCGAUCCCAUUUCCACAAGAUGUUGAGCUGAUCCAAAAUUUGCACCUGCCAAAUACCGUUUCCAUUUGGUCUGUUGCAAACUGCUCUUCAUACGCGGACGUACCUCUUCUUAUUCUCGGCUGUUCAUCUGGGGACCUUGUCUUUUUGUCUUCUAUUGGCAACAAGAUCGAGUUGCACGCGCCCAAGGGCUUCGAUCACGAGGCCAUGACAAUUUAUGAAUAUUCCGAUCUUAUGCUACGGAGAGUUACCAGCACGGCUUCUUCUUCUCCGCCAUCCACAAACACAUCGCAACGCUCCUCCAUUGAAAUUACAAAUGAACCGAGACGGUUUGUCGCCAUUCUGUUGAUACCUUUAGACAACCCCCACCAGGUAGCAUCGAAAUUCCUUGCUGAAAAUGACCUUCCAGAAGCGUAUCACGCCCAAGUGGUCGAUUUUAUCUUGAAAAACACAUCGGCAAACCCACUUGAGUGUCGACCACAAAACCCUCCAGUGUCCGUACCACAGGACCGGCAAAAGUAUCACAAGAUUACUGCGAUCAAUAAGAGUGGCAUUUUCAAGAAGCUUCUUGCAUUGAUAAAUGUACGCGGCAUCGCUUAUUUUAGGAUGAUGAAAGGGCCGUUCUGGAGUAUUUACUGGAGCCAGCCUUUUUGGGGGGCGAACCUUUAA